AACACCAGCGUUUUUAUCUUCAGUGCAUACAGUGUUGAAUGCCGGCGUUGUCAACAGGAGGAGAAAAUGCUGGACCUUGUUAUGAAACGUCCUAUAACGUCAUUUGUUGCACUGUACUUCCUUCAUCUUACAUCGGGAACAGUGGUUUUUCGUCUUGUUCCUGGACCCAACAUGGGGAUUCUACAGAUUCUGCACGGUAAUACAUGGGGAACAUUAUGUACGUCAUACUUUGGCUAUGAAGAACGCAAUGUUGUCUGCAGACAACUCGGAUUCCAUACCACCAACAAUAGGCAAGUGGAUUUCGGUUCACUACCUGGAAGUGCUAAAUACCUGGGACGAUUCAACUGCAAUGGAAAGGAAAAGAAUUUCGACAGCUGUCCAGAUUUUAACUUGACCCGUUGUAAUUACCAGAGCACCCUGGGAUUGCUGUGCCUCAGUGACACAGAGAGCUUGGUAACCCUUGGCAUCCAGAAGACCAGAGACAUCAAUGAGGGAAGUCAGUUGUAUUCUUCAGUGUACUCAAGACAGUCACCCUACGUGUAUGCAUGGACACGAAACGGAAACAUUCAGCAUAAUCAGACAUCUAGUGCGGUCAGAAUGAAGCGCACCGACUCUGGAAACUGGACCUGUACGGUCUACUCAAGAACUGGAAACAAACGCCUUGGAUCAGACUCAGUUAUGGUGACAGUUUUGUACCACCCAUACAGCUUGACCAUGAGGACCAUUUACGCCCAACGAGGAGACACAGUGAAUCUCAGCAGGACCGACAUCAGCCUUCCAACACCACACGUCUUCAGAUGGCGCCAUACAGGUCUGGACUCUGAGUUCGCCGAAUCGACCAAACCACCAGUCAUACCAAAUAUACAGCGGCAUCACUUCGGGGAAUAUAUCCUGGAUGUCACAAAUACGUUUCCCUCAGGGCGUUCAGACUCUGGAAUGGAUCUAAUCAAACUGUAUGUGUCAUACGCCCCCUCCAUCAAAUGCGAAAGGGAGGUAUUAGUGGUGGAAGGUAAGUCUCUCGACUUAGAGUGUGACGUUGAAGCCUACCCAGAUCCACACACCUUGACAUGGUCGCACAGUACAGGAUACAAGAAAGAGGUGUCCAGCAUGACAGAGAAAUACAAUAUUCCUAAGGUCUCACACUCUGAUGGCAGCCUCUACACGUGUGAGGCCAAGAACAACAUCAGCGACCGCGAUGGGAACGUUGACAUUGGCGUUGGAACGUGUACCAUACGGGUCACUGUCCACGACGUCGAAGCUACAACAUUACCAGUUGUUGCUGCCAAUUCACACAAGGGAGGCAACUCUAUGACGACUGUUGUGUAUGUUGUUGGGACGAUCCUUGUCCUAAGUGCUCUUGUUCUUGUCAUUGUUCUCGUGGUGUUGACACUGAAGCGUCUCCAGAUGAAAGGGAAGGGAAAAGAGGACUUGAAGACGCCUCCUCCCAGCCCUGAAAUUCCUCAAGAAGAGCAUGCCUAUGAAGGACUGACUAUUCGCUGAGGUGUGACGGAAUGCCCCGGGCAGCAUUGCAAG